AUGUCUGCCCCUAGUGUACAGGAGGUGGUUGCGCUGUGUGACUUCAUUCAAUUGACCCCAUUUCAACCCACCUCCAGCCCCUACUCCUCCAUCCAGCUGCUACAACUGGUAAAUAGUACAAGUCAACCAGCAAACAGAAAGGAUCAAAGACCAUUGGAAAUAAUUUAUUGCAGUGAAGCAACUCAGAAGAAUAAACAUCAGGAAACAAUAUCAAAACAAAAUGAUGAGGACUUUUUGGGUACUUCUGGUGGUUGUUGGAACUGCAGCCACAACUACAACUACGGCUCCUACGACUGCUGCUCCAACUACCACAGCUUCUCCAACAACCACAACAGCAGCUCCAACCACCACCACAGCUGCACCCACAACUACAACAGCUGCUCCAACUACGACAACAGCUGCACCAACCACCACCACAGCUGCUCCGACCACCACAAAAACUGCUCCAACCACCACCACUUCUGCUCCNGCUCCAACAACCACAACAGCUGCACCCACAACUACCACAUCUGCUCCAACAACUACAACAGGUGCACCCACAACAACAGCUGCUCCCACAACUACAACAGCUGCACCAACAACAACAACAGCUGCUCCAACAACUACAACAGCUGCACCGACCACGACCACAGCAGCUCAAACCACCACAACGGCUGCUCCAACCACCACCACUUCCGCUCCAACAACCACAACAGCUGCACCAACAACUACCACAUCUGCUCCAACAACCAUAACAGCUGCACCCACAACUACCACGGCUGCUCCAACCACCACUACAGUUGCUCCAACCACAACAGCUGCUCCCACAACUACCACAGUUGCUCCAACAACUACAACAGCUGCUCUCACAACUACCACAGCUGCUCCAACAACCACAACAGGUGCCCCGACAACAACCACAGCUGCUCCAACAACUACAACAGCUGCACCCACAACUACAACAGCUGCUCUCACAACUACAACAGCUGCACCCACAACAACAACAGCUGCUCCAACUACAACAGCUGCACCCACCACUACUACAGCUGCUCCAACAACCACAACAGCUGCACCCACAACUACCACAGUUGCUCCAACAACUACAACAGCUGCUCCCACAACUACCACAGCUGCUCCAACAACCAAAACAGGUGCCCCGACAACAACCACAGCUGCUCCAACAACCACAACAGGUGCCCCGACAACAACCACAGCUGCUCCAACAACCACAACAGCUGCACCAACAACUACAACAGCUGCUCCCACAACUACAACAGCUGCACCCACAACAACAACAGCUGCUCCAACAACUACAACAGCUGCACCCACAACAACAACAGCUGCUGCACCCACAACUACAACAGCUGCUCCCACAACCACAACAGCUGCUCCAACAACUACGACAGCUGCUCCAACCAACACAGUCGCUCCAACAACCACAUCAGUUUCAACUACCACAACAGCUGCUUCCACGACUGCUCCAACUACUCCAACAGCAGCACCAACCACCACCACAGUUUCUCCAACAACCACUGCGUCCUCUGCAGGUCAUAA